AUGGCCGGUCGUUACAGACAGCUGGGUCCCUGCAAACUCUCUCAAGCCCAGCAAGUGAGGAAGCAAAACCCGGGUGCAGGAAGACAGGUGGCUCCCCCGCCAAAGGACGAAGACCCCAGGGUGAAGUGUAGGGACUGCGGAGCCUUUGGACACAAAGCGAGUAGCCUCAGGUGCCCCAUGAAGCGCUGGCAUGGGGCCCUGGCCCCCCAGCCCUUGGGCUCCAAACUCGGCAAGGAGAACCUGGAACCACGGAAGCUGCAGGACCUGCAGACCCCCGGGACCCCUAACACGGCUGAGAGAGAGAAGAGUGAAAGGCAAAGGAAAGAAGAGCAGCAGAGGAAGCUGCUUCAGAGAUUUCCCAGGAAACCCCAAGGGUGGCGGCAGCGGUACUGGAAGGAGGGGACAGAGUCCUGCCACUACCUGAGGCAUCCAAACAUGCCCAUGCUCAUCCAGGCAUUCAAGAGGAAACCCCUCCAGGAUCCAGAUCUCCCAAGUAGGUCACCUGUCAGGAAAGAUGAAGGGAAAUCCACCCACCCUGCAGUGUCUCUCAUCAGCAGAAGUUUGGUCCAGGACUCCAAAAGCAGCAUCAAGGCCCCAGGCAAGAGAUCUGCCCAGAUCCCCACCCAGACAUGUCUGAACCCCCCAAAGAAACCUAGACUCAGCCCCAUCCAGACUCCCCAGAAGAGCACUCUGACAGCAGAUAUGGGGGCUUUCCAGAAUCUCCCUCCUCCACCCAGUACAACUGGACAUGGACCCAUAGUGACCCCCCAAGUCAGCAGGAAGACACCUGCCCAGGGGCAAAGCCUUGUCCUCCAACCUCCACUGGACAGAUCUCGCCCCAAUAGUGUCCAAGCCUGCGCCAGAGACCACCCUCCACCCACCAGCCACGUUCCCGGCCAGCCUCUCAGGAUGCUCUUCGUGAGAGUAGACGAAGGCUGGUGGAGCUGCAGGUACGUGGCGCCUCCCGCCUUGCCUGGUCCUGAGCAGUCAGCCCCUCCUGCUCAGAGCCCUCCCACUGGCAAGGAGCCUGAGGGGCACUGGGCCCCUGGCCCCCGGAGUGUCCUCUACGAUGACCUUCAGGUGUCUUCUUCCUCUGAAGACGGCGACUGGGAGGGACACGCCUAUGGCAACUAA